AGGAGCCGCCGCCGCCGCCGCCGCUUGGGGGGGGUGGGGGGAGCGAGGAGGAAGUUAACUGCCGCGCCACCGAGUCCGGACCGGAGACUUUGGGGCCCAACUAGGGAAAGCAGCUUAAUCUCCAAAGGAGAUCAGACCUGGUCUCUACCAGCAGCAUUUGGGCCCUUCUCCCAGCAGACGGCAACAAAAAUUAGGCUCAUUUCUGAGAAGAUUGAUGAAUGGUAGUGUCUAGAAAGGGUAUGUCCCUUCAAGAGAGAGGUGCCAAUGUCCAACCGGCCUAAUAACAAUCCAGGGGGGUCACUGCGACGUUCACAGAGGAACACUGCCGGGGCCCAACCACAAGACGACUCGAUAGGAGGAAGGUCACAUUUAGGGCAGGCAAAACAUAAGGGAUAUAGCCCUCCUGAGAGUAGAAAAUCUAAUUCUAAGGCACCCAAAGUGCAGUCUAAUACUACUUCUGAACUGUCAAGGGGACACCUUUCUAAAAGAAGCUGCAGUUCGUCAUCUGCUGUCAUAGUCCCACAACCAGAGGAUCCAGACAGAGCCAAUACUUCAGAAAAGCAGAAAACGGGGCAGGUGCCUAAGAAAGACAAUUCUCGAGGAGUGAAACGCAGUGCUAGUCCAGACUACAACAGGACCAAUUCUCCUAGCUCUGCCAAAAAACCCAAAGCACUUCAGCAUACUGAAUCUCCCUCAGAAACGAGUAAGCCACAUAGUAAGUCAAAGAAGAGACACUUAGACCAGGAGCCACAACUGAAAUCUACACCAUCUCCAUCCACGAGCAAGGCUCAUACCAGAAAGAGUGGGGCCGCUGCUAGUUCACGGAGUCAGAAAAGAAAGAGGACAGAGAGUUCUUGUAUAAAGAGUGCUUCUGUGUCUGAAGCCACUGGUGCCGAAGAGAGAUCUGCAAAACCUACCAAGCUGGCUUCAAAAUCGGCCGCCUCAGCCAAAGCUGGGUGUAGCACCAUCACCGACUCGUCGUCCGCUGCCUCGACCUCCUCAUCGUCCUCUGCCGUUGCCUCGGCCUCCUCUGCUGUUCCACCAGGUGCCAGGGUGAAACAAGGAAAAGACCAGAACAAGGCCAGGCGUUCCCGCUCAGCAUCCAGCCCCAGCCCCAGGAGAAGCAGCAGGGAAAAGGAACAGAGUAAAACUGGUGGCUCUUCAAAAUUCGAUUGGGCUGCUCGCUUCAGCCCUAAAGUCAGCCUUCCUAAAACAAAACUGUCUCUUCCAGGGUCUUCUAAGUCAGAGACAUCCAAACCUGGACCUUCCGGAUUACAGGCCAAAUUAGCAAGUUUAAGAAAAUCUACCAAGAAGCGCAGCGAAUCCCCGCCUGCCGAGCUCCCCAGUUUGAGGCGGAGCACACGCCAAAAGACCACGGGCUCCUGCGCUAGUGCCAGUCGGCGAGGCUCUGGCCUGGGCAAAAGAGGAGCAGCUGAAGCUCGUCGACAGGAGAAGAUGGCCGACCCUGAAGGCAACCAGGAGACGGUGAACUCUUCAGCUGCACGGACAGACGAGACUCCCCAGGGAGCCGCAGCCUCUAGUUCUGUUGCAGGGGCUGUGGGCAUGACCACCUCUGGGGAGAGCGAAUCUGAUGACUCCGAGAUGGGACGGUUACAAGCUCUGUUAGAGGCCAGGGGUCUUCCCCCUCACCUGUUUGGUCCUCUUGGUCCUCGGAUGUCACAGCUUUUCCAUAGGACAAUUGGAAGUGGAGCUAGUUCUAAGGCCCAGCAGCUUCUGCAAGGACUACAAGCAAGCGAUGAAAGCCAGCAGCUCCAGGCCGUUAUUGAGAUGUGUCAAUUACUGGUCAUGGGGAAUGAGGAGACGCUGGGAGGGUUUCCUGUCAAGAGUGUGGUUCCAGCUUUGAUAACAUUGCUGCAGAUGGAGCAUAAUUUUGAUAUUAUGAACCAUGCCUGUCGAGCCUUAACGUACAUGAUGGAAGCACUUCCUCGAUCAUCGGCUGUGGUAGUAGAUGCAAUUCCUGUCUUUUUAGAAAAGCUGCAAGUUAUUCAGUGUAUUGAUGUGGCCGAGCAGGCCUUGACGGCCUUGGAGAUGUUAUCACGUAGACACAGUAAAGCCAUUCUCCAGGCGGGUGGUUUGGCAGACUGCUUGCUGUAUCUAGAGUUCUUCAGCAUAAAUGCCCAAAGAAAUGCACUAGCAAUUGCAGCCAAUUGCUGCCAGAGUAUCACGCCGGAUGAAUUUCAUUUUGUGGCGGAUUCCCUCCCAUUGCUUACCCAAAGGCUAACCCACCAGGACAAAAAGUCAGUAGAAAGCACUUGCCUUUGUUUUGCACGUCUAGUGGACAACUUUCAGCAUGAGGAGAAUUUACUCCAGCAGGUUGCUUCCAAAGAUCUGCUAACAAAUGUUCAACAACUAUUGGUAGUAACUCCACCAAUUUUAAGUUCUGGGAUGUUUAUAAUGGUGGUUCGCAUGUUUUCUCUGAUGUGUUCCAAUUGUCCAACUUUAGCAGUUCAACUUAUGAAGCAAAGCUUUACAGACAUUGCAGAAACGCUUCACUUUCUCCUGUGUGGUGCCUCCAAUGGAAGUUGUCAGGAGCAGAUUGAUCUUGUUCCACGAAGUCCUCAAGAACUGUAUGAGCUGACGUCUCUGAUUUGUGAACUUAUGCCAUGUUUACCAAAGGAAGGCAUUUUUGCAGUUGAUACCAUGCUGAAGAAGGGCAAUGCACAGAACACGGAUGGGGCCAUAUGGCAGUGGCGGGACGACCGGGGCCUCUGGCACCCUUAUAACAGGAUAGACAGCCGGAUCAUUGAGGUAGCAGCCCAUCAGGUCGGUGAGGAUGAGAUAAGCUUGUCCACUCUGGGACGAGUUUAUACUAUUGAUUUUAAUUCUAUGCAGCAAAUCAAUGAGGACACAGGAACAGCACGUGCCAUUCAGAGAAAACCUAACCCCUUAGCCAAUACUAACACUAGUGGAUAUUCAGAGUUAAAGAAGGAUGAUGCUCGAGCACAGCUUAUGAAAGAGGAUCCAGAACUGGCUAAGUCUUUUAUUAAGACGUUAUUUGGUGUUCUUUAUGAAGUGUAUAGUUCCUCAGCAGGACCUGCGGUCAGACAUAAGUGCCUUAGAGCAAUUCUUAGGAUAAUUUAUUUCGCGGAUGCCGAACUUCUAAAGGAUGUCCUGAAAAACCAUGCUGUUUCAAGUCAUAUUGCUUCCAUGCUAUCAAGCCAAGACCUGAAGAUAGUAGUUGGAGCCCUUCAAAUGGCAGAAAUCUUAAUGCAGAAGUUACCUGAUAUUUUUAGUGUUUACUUCAGAAGAGAAGGGGUGAUGCAUCAGGUCAAGCACCUAGCAGAGUCCGAGUCGUUGUUGACGAGCCCACCGAAGGCCUGUGCAAAUGGGUCCGGGUCCUUGGGGUCCACGCCAUCAGUCAACAGUGGGACAGCCACGGCCGCCACCAAUGCCUCGGCUGACCUGGGGUCCCCCAGCUUGCAGCACAGCAGAGACGAUUCUCUAGACCUGAGCCCUCAAGGUCGAUUAAGUGAUGUUCUAAAGAGAAAACGACUGCCAAAACGAGGAUCAAGAAGGCCAAAGUAUUCACCUCCAAGAGAUGAUGACAAAGUAGACAAUCAAGCUAAAAGCCCCACCACUACUCAGUCACCUAAGUCUUCUUUCCUGGCAAGCUUGAAUCCAAAAACGUGGGGAAGGUUAAGCGCACAGUCUAAUAGCAACAACAUUGAGCCAGCACGAACCGCAGGAGUUAGUGGUCUUGCCAGGGCCGCCUCAAAGGACACCAUCUCCAAUAAUAGAGAAAAAAUUAAAGGUUGGAUUAAAGAGCAGGCACAUAAAUUUGUAGAGCGUUACUUCAGUUCUGAGAACAUGGAUGGAAGCAACCCCGCAUUGAAUGUCCUUCAGAGACUUUGUGCUGCGACUGAACAACUCAACCUCCAGGUGGAUGGUGGAGCUGAGUGCCUUGUAGAAAUCCGUAGCAUAGUCUCAGAGUCCGAUGUUUCAUCGUUUGAAAUCCAACACAGUGGAUUUGUGAAGCAGCUGUUGCUUUAUUUGACAUCUAAAAGUGAAAAGGACGCUGUGAGCAGAGAGAUCAGAUUAAAGAGAUUCCUUCAUGUAUUUUUUUCUUCUCCACUUCCUGGAGAAGAGCCCAUUGAACGAGUAGAACCAGUGGGUAAUGCACCUUUGUUGGCGUUAGUUCACAAAAUGAACAACUGCCUCAGCCAGAUGGAACAAUUUCCAGUCAAAGUGCAUGACUUUCCCAGUGGAAAUGGGACAGGAGGCAGCUUCUCUCUCAACAGAGGAUCACAGGCUUUAAAAUUUUUCAACACCCAUCAGUUAAAAUGCCAGUUACAAAGACAUCCAGACUGUGCAAAUGUGAAGCAGUGGAAGGGUGGACCUGUCAAGAUUGACCCCCUGGCUUUGGUGCAGGCUAUUGAGAGAUACCUUGUAGUUAGAGGGUAUGGAAGAGUAAGAGAAGAUGAUGAAGACAGUGAUGACGAUGGCUCUGAUGAGGAAAUAGACGAAUCUCUGGCUGCUCAGUUCUUAAAUUCCGGAAAUGUGAGACACAGGCUACAGUUUUACAUCGGAGAGCAUUUGCUACCGUAUAACAUGACUGUGUAUCAGGCAGUACGGCAGUUCAGCAUACAGGCUGAUGACGAACGGGAGUCCACGGAUGACGAGAGCAAUCCUCUCGGAAGAGCUGGUAUUUGGACGAAAACUCAUACGAUAUGGUACAAACCUGUGCGAGAGGAUGAAGAAAGUAAUAAAGAUUGUGUUGGUGGUAAAAGAGGAAGAGCCCAGACAGCUCCAACAAAAACUUCUCCUAGAAAUGCAAAAAAGCAUGAUGAGCUGUGGAAUGAUGGAGUGUGCCCGUCUGUAUCAAAUCCUUUAGAAGUUUACCUCAUACCCACAGCACCUGAAAAUAUAACUUUUGAAGACCCGUCAUUAGAUGUGAUUCUUCUUUUAAGAGUUUUACACGCCGUCAGUAGAUACUGGUAUUACUUGUAUGAUAAUGCAAUGUGCAAGGAGAUUAUCCCAACUAGUGAAUUUAUUAACAGUAAGUUGACAGCAAAAGCAAAUAGGCAGCUUCAAGAUCCUUUAGUAAUCAUGACAGGAAACAUCCCGACAUGGCUCACUGAACUAGGAAAAACCUGCCCAUUUUUCUUCCCUUUUGAUACCCGGCAAAUGCUUUUCUAUGUAACUGCAUUUGAUCGGGACCGAGCAAUGCAGAGAUUACUUGAUACCAACCCAGAGAUCAACCAGUCUGAUUCUCAAGAUAGCAGAGUUGCACCUAGAUUGGAUAGAAAAAAACGUACUGUGAACAGAGAGGAGCUGCUGAAACAAGCGGAGUCUGUAAUGCAGGAUCUUGGCAGCUCACGGGCCAUGUUAGAAAUCCAGUAUGAAAAUGAGGUUGGCACAGGUCUUGGGCCUACACUGGAGUUUUAUGCACUUGUAUCUCAGGAACUGCAGAGAGCUGACUUGGGUCUCUGGAGAGGGGAGGAAGUAACUCUUAGCAAUCCAAAAGGAAGCCAAGAAGGGACCAAGUAUAUUCAAAACCUCCAAGGCCUGUUUGCGCUUCCCUUUGGUAGGACAGCUAAGCCAGCUCAUAUCGCAAAGGUUAAGAUGAAGUUUCGCUUCUUAGGAAAACUAAUGGCCAAGGCUAUCAUGGAUUUCAGAUUGGUGGACCUUCCCCUGGGCUUACCUUUUUAUAAAUGGAUGCUACGGCAAGAAACUUCGCUGACAUCACACGAUUUGUUUGACAUUGACCCAGUUGUAGCCAGGUCAGUGUAUCACCUUGAAGACAUCGUCCGACAGAAGAAAAGACUUGAACAAGAUAAAUCCCAGACCAAAGAGAGUCUCCAGUAUGCAUUAGAAACCCUGACUAUGAAUGGCUGCUCCGUGGAGGAUCUGGGAUUGGAUUUCACUCUGCCAGGGUUUCCUAACAUUGAACUAAAGAAAGGAGGAAAGGAUAUACCGGUCACCAUCCACAAUUUGGAGGAGUAUUUAAGACUGGUUAUAUUUUGGGCACUAAACGAAGGUGUUUCCAGGCAAUUUGAUUCAUUUAGAGAUGGAUUUGAAUCAGUCUUCCCACUCAGUCAUCUCCAGUACUUCUACCCAGAAGAACUGGAUCAGCUUCUGUGUGGUAGUAAAGCAGACACUUGGGAUGCCAAGACACUGAUGGAAUGCUGCAGACCAGAUCACGGUUACACUCAUGACAGUCGGGCUGUGAAGUUCUUGUUUGAGAUUCUCAGUAGUUUUGAUAAUGAACAGCAGAGGUUAUUUCUCCAGUUUGUGACAGGUAGCCCACGAUUGCCUGUUGGAGGCUUCCGGAGCUUGAAUCCACCUUUGACCAUUGUCCGGAAGACCUUUGAAUCAACAGAGAACCCAGAUGACUUCCUACCCUCUGUCAUGACCUGUGUGAACUAUCUUAAGUUGCCGGACUAUUCAAGCCUCGAGAUAAUGCGGGAAAAGCUGUUGAUGGCCGCGAGAGAAGGGCAGCAGUCGUUCCAUCUUUCUUGAUCACAUCAGGAAGCGCGGUGUCUGCCUGUUACAGCAAAAGACAGAAAUCAUGAUUUCUUUUCUAAAUGUGUCACCUGAGUCAAGGAAACAUGUUACGCCUUCUCGUAGGAAAAUGGCUUGCAGAAUAUAAAAGAGACCCUCGGUUCCUCUUCAUUAAUGGCCCCAUGGACUUAAAGUGAUCAGGCCCUAAAACGUUGUUGUGAUGAGGUUUCUUUAGCAAGUUCUUGUUUAAAUUAUCAUUUAUUUGACGAGUGAAGUUUUUAACUUGCUUUGCUGUGUGAAAUUUAAAAAAGGGAUGUUUUUCCAGGCUGAAACAAUAAAUGUCGCUGUGCAGUUUAAUUCUGGGCUGUGUGUAUCCAUCUAGCUAAGUCUGCAGUUUUGCUUCCUCCAAAGACAACUCUUGUACAGAAAUUCAAGCUCACGUGUGUUUGACAAAAACAGUUUAGUAGGUGAGCUCUGUGCUUUCCGCUCUGCACCCUCCCACCCUCUCUCGAGUUUCCCCACCCGACCCUUGUACUGUCUGUGCCACUCACACAGGUUUUUUGUGUACAAAAUCCACAGUUGGUACAUCUUCGUCAGCCAUGGGCUUUUGUUGUUCCAUGUUCUUAAAUUAAGAUAUAAUUUAAAAUUCAUGGAAUUGAAGUCUAUUGUCAGUAUAAGUCAGCCCUUAUAACUAGGUAGCUUUUUCUAAGAGCUUAGAUGCACCAGAGCCAUGGGGUAUCACUGGCCUCACACCAGGGACACACUAGGACUGUUUACCACAUGUGAUUCCUGCCACCGCCACCUCCCUAGUGGAGGCAGGGAGAGCUCCUUUGUUUCUUUUGUGUUGGUUAAAAAGUUCUGCAACUUGGGCUGGCCAGUGUUUAUUAUUCUAUGGUCAGAGCAUUUUGAAUUGAUAUAUAAGGUUUUAAGCAAAAUUAGCCGUUUACAUUCCCUGUUCGAGUAGAAAAACAAUUUUUUUUCUUUUCCCCUUGUUCUCGUUUUUAAGUUUUUCCCCCACCAUCUUUUGUUCCUCCAGUCUCCUCUUCCCCUCCUCCUAGUGCUCACUUGGGACAAACAGCCCGGCCUUUGUCUCGACACAGAUAGAACACCUGUAAGCAAUGCUCUGUCCAGUUUUAUGUGCUGAUUUCUCAAAUCUGCAAUAAUUCAUCAGGUUCAUGUUUUUACCUGAAAAUAAAGUUUGCUUCACCUUUUUGUUUAUAUUCUGUGCUGUAUGCAUAACUCAAUUAUAUAGAUGCAUCUCAACGCAAGCAGAUCAUCACAGCUCUAUGAUUUGCGUCAUGGCUGUUUGCGCUAUUCAAAGAGUUGAGAAUAGAAACUUGAAGAACAUAAAAACUGGAAGGAGAAUGGGAGGAGAUUCCUUCCUUCCUUCCUACAGUUCAAAAUUAAGCCAGUUGCAUAAAAUUUGAGAGAAUUUCCAUAGUUCAUCUUUCUGAAAAUGGGUGAUGAACUGAUUUUUUUUUUUUAUUGGACUUUGAGAAAUCAAUUUUGUUUGUUCUAAAGUCUUACUUCAUUGAUGUAGAAGCUCCUUUGUUCCCUAUUCCACCACCUUAGAGAAAUUCAGUGGCUUGUUUUAUUUAGAUUACUUUGUCAUUUUACACUCAAAUGGCCUUAUACGAGCAUCUUUUUAAUGAACCUGGGCAGUGACCCUGGUUGGGUGAGUUAGGUGUUAGGUGGGAUGGAGCAGUGAGUGGAGACUGAGGCACCUCCUGGGUCCUUGCAGAGGCUCUAGCGAGCAAAGGGGCUUCACCUUGGCAUCACCUUGAGGGAGCUGUGUCUCUGCAGUUCUAGAUGAACACCAUAGGACCUGUGCAGUUUAAUCAAGCAAAACUUGUUUUAAUGAGGGAACUGAUUUGUUUUUAAACUGUUCUGAAACCUAUCUUUUCACAGACUUUAAGCACAAAAGAUUUUUGCCUGAACAUAACAUUUUUGUUCCUCUUUUUUUUAAAGGAUUCUGUUGUUAAAAUUCCCACAUAUGUAUAAACAAUGUUUCCUAUUUGGAUAUCUGUAUUUACCAUUUCAGUCAUUUCAUGGCCCUGGCAAAUUUGGCCUCAUUGAUGUCAGCAUCUAAUGAGUACAUUAGUUGGUUUUUGAAUCACACUCUGGAGCUUGAUUGUUUCAAAGUCAGUAGUUAACCUGUUUAAAAGCUUUCAGUCCAACUUAACUCCUUAAUUUGGGGGUGGUGGGGGAGUUGGUCCUUGAUUAAUUAGGAGCAAGAAGACCCUUCCCAUUUUCAAGCAAUCUGCCUAGGACAGAGGCCUUAAUACUGCAUCAUAGGGAAAAAUACCCUUCAUUUGCUGUUACUCCAGUUAUGCCUUAAAUUUAUUCACUGAGUAACCCUGUCACCACUCACUGCUCUCUAAGGAUGCUUUACACAUGUAGACAGUUGGAUAUUGACUAAGACCUUGUUGUCCUUUACAGUUCUCUCUGAAGUGGAGUCAGUCAGAUAUUAGUCAUAGCUAAUACCAACUGUGGGGUUGACAUUCAGACGGUGACUGAUUUGCUCUACUUUGUAGAUGAAAAUGUUUUAAACUAUUUAAGAAGGAAGAGUUAGUGAAAUGUAUUCCCCUCCUCCCAGCCUCUCCCCUCCAACUCCACACCCCUAAAGUGAAUUGUGAGUGUCCAGUAGUCUCAUUAGGAACAGACGUGGAGAGAAUUCUAGAUGCCUUAGCUAAACCCAGCCAAACCCUUCUACACAGUCCACGGGACACUUUCUGCUCUUCCCGUGUUUCAGCUCUGCUUCCCUUAGUUGGUGGUGAUGGAGAACUGCCCUUCAACUUAGCAUUCUCUGAAGAAGGUAGUACCCUAAAGUCCUUCUGUCCCACGUUUGGCUAUACUUGUGAGUUUGGUACAUAACAUGGAAAGGAGAGGUGUAGCUGGCUGGCCGACAUCACUUCUGUCCUCCUCUGGGGCAUCCUGUGCAUAAAGGCCGUUAGGGUGAGCGACAGCCCCAACUUCCGCAUCUAAAACAUGAGAUUCAGCUCUUGCUUAUUCCACAGUAAGGAUUAUUGCCAGCAAAUUGAGCGUGUCUUCCUGUUAGUCCAACAGGUGUUGAAACUGUGCUCCCGAUUCCUGUCAGUGAGUAGACUGAGGAAAUGGGAAUGUUGCUGAUAUUCCACGGGGAAAAAAAAAAUGUGAUGAAAAAGGAGACUUGCUGGGGAACGACCUAACUGCAUUCGGAAACCAAAUCCUCCUGGGAGAGGUUCUGGAUGCUGAGGUUCAUUCUUCAUCAGCAAAGAUGAUCAAGCCUUUAAUUCAGUUAUCUAGGGCUUUGGUUGUUUUGACCCACUUUAUUUUCCCUACUGUAAUGAGAACAUUGUUUGAAAAUGUCGUACUCUGUAUUUCUAACUCUGAGAAAUGCUUUUGUAUGGGUCGUAGGUUUGACGUUGCAGUAGUUGACAUACCUGGUAAGGGAUAACCUAGUGACAAAUCACUGAAAAUGCUUCCUUUGUUACCUCAAAAGAAAAAAAAAUCCAGACAAAAUAUAGCAUUUAUAUUUAUAAAAAAUGGAGAAUUGGCUGUUUUCAAGACCUUCAAGUUAAUUCUUAUGCAAGAAAAAGUUCUUAACUCUAAAGACUUGUUCUGCAUCAAGGAGACACUCUUUAAUAUUGGAAGAGGUGGUUUUAUUUUUACAACAAGCCUACUCAUACUACCAAACUUAUAACCAAUUGCUGAUCUCCUGUGUAAAGCAUUUUUUUUCUCUUAUCUGAAACAGUGAUUUAUAUGAACUGUUGGAAUAAUGGAACCUCAAAAUACAGAUGUGUAUGUAAAAUUGCAUAAAUGCACUGACUUCCUUCUCCCUGAAUAUAUUUUUAAUAAACAGCAUUAUCC